AUGGUGCAGUUUGGGUAUUUGUUGUGGUGUUUCCCAUCCUCGCAGAUCCUCCAACGACUCCCGAUUGCAAAGUCCAUGUGCGCGGUUAUGAUCAUAUGGGGCUUCGUGCUCAUUGGCGCUGGGUUUUGUCGAAGCUUUAUCCCGAUGGUCAUCACCCGCGUGCUGUUAGGUGCCCUUGAGGCUCCCGUCGCUCCAGGGAACUUCAUCAUCAUGACGAUGUGGUACACCCGCGAGGAGCAACCCAUCCGCGCCGGGCUGUUCUACACCGGUCUCGCGACAAUCAUAACCGGCACCCUCGGCUGGGCCGUCGGCUUCCUCCCCACCCACGCCUGGCCCUCCUUCUUCUACAUCACCGGCGCCAUCUCCAUCCUCUACGGCGUCCUCGUCGGCGUCUUCCUCCCGGACAACCCGGUGCGCGCCAAGUUCAUCACCCCGCGCGAGCGCUUCGUCGCGAUCGAGCGCCUGCGCGCGGACCAGCUCGGCAUCGAGAACAAGACCUUCUCCGCGCCGCAGCUGCGCGAGACGCUGCGCGACCCCAAGACCUGGCUCAUGUUCCUGUUCAAUAUCUGGGUGAGCAUCCCGAACGGCGGGCUGACCAACUUUGCGCCGCUGAUCGUCAACGGGCUGGGGUACUCGCCGCAGCGGAGCACGUUGCUGAUGAUGCCGACGGGGGUGGUGCAGACGCUCAGUAGCUAUGUGUGUAACUUUGGGGUGUAUGUGUGUGUGAGGAGGUUUAAGGGGUGCCAGUUGAGGGGGGCGUUUGUUAUUGGGGGGCUUGUGGUUGGGAUGGUUGCCACGGUGUUGUUGUAUACUCUUCCGCUGGAUAAUUACACAGGGAGGUUGUGGGCUUUGUAUUGGUCGUAUUUCUACCUCGGGCCAUACAUCGUUGCUCUCGGCAUCAACAGCGCCAACACCGCCGGACACACGAAGAAGGUCACGACGAACGCGAUCGUCUUUGCGUCAUACUGCAUCAGCAACAUCAUCGGCCCGCAGUUCUUCAAGUCGUCGCAGGCGCCGCUGUAUCCGCUUGGCAUGGGCGCCAUGCUCGUCUCGUACGCGCUCAGCAUCUUUACCAUGAUUCUGUACAUGUUGUACUGUUGGAACGAGAACAGACGGAGGGAGAAGCUGGACCACGACAGCGGGCAGAGGGUCCAUCUGGAUACGGACUUCCAGGACUUGACUGACAGAGAGAAUAUUCACUUCCGAUACAAGGCGGGAUCUGGCAUCGAGCCAUGCCAGGAAGAGCCCACAGCUGGCUCAGUUCACGACAUCAAAGAUGCGAACGACUUGGACGAUCAAGCAGCUAUUUUUCUUCGAGAACAUGAAGUUGAAUGGGCCGGCUAUGAAGCCUCUGAGGCCAAACGAGUUCUACGAAAGAUAGAUUGGCGGUUGAUGCCUCUCAUUGUGGGAACCACCAUCAUCGCCGCAGUUGAUAAAAUCCUGAUUUCGAACGCGGCACUCUACGGCAUGAACCAAGACACCCAUUUGGUGGGACAACAAUAUAGCUGGGUGGGAUCAAUUUUCUACUUCGGAUGGUUGAUCGCCGAGUACCCUGCGAAUGCCGUUCUUCAGAAGCUUCCAGUCGGCAAGACAGUUGGCACAGCGGUUGUCGCGUGGGGCGGCUGCGUCAUGUGUCUUGCAGCCGCUCAGAACGCAGCUGGCCUGAUGGUUCUUCGGUUCCUGAUGGGUAUUCUUGAAUCCCCACUGUUUCCUGCCGUUACGAUUCUGAAUACCAUGUGGUACAAGAAAUCAGAGCAGCCCGUCCGCAUGGCUAUUACGUUCACGGGGUUCUCUAGCCUUGUGACAGGUAUUGUCUCAUACGGCAUAGGGCAUGCGAAGACUGGUAUUGCGUCGUGGCGGCUUUUGUUUCUCGUCAUCGGAGGGUUUACUGUAUUUUGGGGAGCCAUUCUAUUAGUCUGGCUUCCUGACUCGCCACUUGCCGACAACUUCCUGACGGGCAAAGACAAGUACAUCGCACUAGACCGAGUCAAGGAUAAUAUGACUGGUAUUGAGAACAGGGCAAUUCGUGAAGCCUUUACCGAUUACAAGACCUAUAUACUCUUCAUAUUCUUCUUGAGUAUGAACGUACCGACAGGUGGCCUGGUGACCUUCGCAGCCCAGAUUGUCUCGGGACUCGGGUACGGAAAGUUGGAAACUACCCUGCUCGGCAUGCCGACGGGGGUGAUGCAAAGCCUGGCUGGAUUCAUGGUAGCCAUACCGCAAAGAUGGUUGACAAACAAGAGGUGCCUGUCGGCAGGACUUUGCUGUCUCGUUCCCCUGGUCUGCUCGAUUGUUAUCAAAGAGCUACCUCAUGACAACAAAGUAGGCCGUUUGAUGGCAUACUACUUCUUCUACUUUUUCUGGGGUCCAUACGCUACAGCGCUAUCUCUCCCAAUGGCAAACGUGUCAGGCCAUACCAAGAAGCUUACCAUUAAUGCCACGGUGUUUUUGGGUUACUGCAUUGCCAACAUUGUUGGGCCUCAAAUCUUUAUCGAGAGAGAAGCUCCCAAUUACACGACGGGAUACAGCGCCAUCAUGGCCUUUGAGGUGGUGGCCAUCGCGUGCAUGGUAGCGUAUGCAGUUGGAUGCAUGAUUGAGAAUAGAAUCAGGGACAGAAAGGAGGGCACAGAAGUAGACGUCACUGUUGUCGAUCAGCUCGGGGAUCUGACAGAUUACGAGAAGAGGGGGUUCCGAUAUGUUUACUGA